AUGAACGAAAAAGUAAAAUUAAAAUUAUAUGGCAUUAAAACUGCCACUGAAAGUGAUUCAGAGCAGUACCAUGAAAUUGAUCAAAAUGCAAUCAUAGAAGAAACCACGUUUACUAUAGCACCACCUAAAAAACUUAAUAUAAAUGAAUACGAAUUUUUCACUCAACAUAAUGUGCAAGUUAAAGAAAAACGUAAGAAAAAGACAAAAAAAGAGAAAAGCAAGGACUACGGGAAAAUAAUGGAUAUUAUAAAUUCAGAACUUACAUCAACAAUGCCUCCAAUAUUAAAAAAUGUAAUUGAAAUAUUAAAACUUGACGAGGAACACAAAUUUGUCUCAUAUCAACCCUCUUCUAUAAGAAACUUAUUGCAAAAACACCAUAACGAUGCAGAGCGUGGAUGGAGUUUGAACGCUCGUCACGUGAAACUCAGUCCCUUUUUCCCGAAAGUUCUUGAAAAUACUGUAACAGUUGAUUUUCCUUUAUUAAGAGAAAUAUGUAGAAACAUUAAAAUAAGUAGGGAGACUAAGAAUAACCUUAAGGAACAGCUGCUUAAAAUAACAAAUGGUACAAAUGAAAACGUAAAAUUUGAUAAAACUCUUCUUAAAUACACUGCAAGACUAUUUUACUUUAAAGAUUUGCAUAUAGAUAUGUUGAAGAAACAAAAAGAUGUUAUCCACAAAUUACUUUCUUUAUGGGCUGAUAUUCAAAUAGUUAGGGAGAAAACUGGUCGAGUGGAAGUAAAUUACCAUCUAGAAGUCAAUAAAACCCCCAUCAACGAUUAUGAGAAAGAAUGGAACCUUGUAUUUGAGACGGAAUAUAUAGAUAUGCUCGACAAAAUCGAAUACGAAUAUGCCAAAGCGUAUACGGACUAUAAAGAAACUAAGAACAGAUUAAGUGUGAAUGGUGAUGAGAAGAAAAAAAUAAGUAAACCAAAACUUCAUGUUGACGAAGCAAAAUUAAAAAUUGAAACUGAAUCGAUAGUUAACAAAAUUUUUCCGAAAGAUAAAAUUGAUUUAGUUUUAAAGAGCAAUAAACAUAAUAAGAAAGAUUUGUUAAAGGCUGUACAUGUUUUGUUUGCAUGUAACUAUUAUUUUAAAGUUUUCGUUGAUGAUAUUUUUGUUUGUGAAUCGGAAUUAUUUACUUGCAAAGACUAUUUACAUACCCUAGAAGUCUCAGAAUCACUUUCGGUACAGAUAUUACCAAGAAAUAAGACACUUCACAUUGCCUUAUAUGAGAAUGAUAUACAAGUUUCGUCUUUAUUAAUGUGUAUAGAUGAAAUUAAAACCAACUUUCCUCUCGCUGAGUUUAAAAAGGUUAAUUUUGUUUACAGAGAUUACAUUGUUUAUCCAAAUCCGAAAUAUGUUGGAAGUGGUUACGGUAUUAAAGAAAUUGCAACAGAAAGCAAAGUAAGACUAAAAAGCAGUAAUAUAUUUAAGAGCAAUUUAGUUACAGCUUGUGAAGUUAAUAUAAAAAUUGGUUGGAAUGAAAAGUUUGAUGAAUAUUCUCACGCAAAUAUUUUGUCUUUAAUUGAAAUAGAAAGAAAACUCAAACGACUUUUACAUGGUGUCGAUAAACCGAAUAUUAAUACCUUUAUUGAUAUUAUUAAUAAGUUGUAUGUAAGAAAUGUUGAAAAUAAUGAUAAGAUAAUAAGGGCUUUACAAGAGGUCUGCAAAAUAACAAUAAAUAAUGAUGAUACCUUCCCGUUUGAUAACGAAAAUGGUAAUAAGUUAAGACUUAAACUGCUAUACUUAAGAAAUAAUGGAGGAUUCGUUAACAUUGAAAAUAAGUUAGUGCCCUUAGUUGCUAGUGAAAUGUCUACGGAACAAGUGAAUUGUUUACAAAAUGUUAAUGACAAUGUAAUUGAUAUACAGAAUAUAGAUAGUGACAAAGACGUGGAUCCCAUUGAUUUGCAGAGAUACAUUGGCAUGAAAUACGUUCAAAAAUUAAACGAAAAUUUGCAACGAACUUUGAAUGAAUUUCUCUUACAGAAAACUCACAAAGAUGUUGUAAAAGAUUUUAAAGAUUUAAGUUUAAGAGGACUGUUAACAAACCAAGCAAAAAUUUUGACACUAUCGGCUUCAUCGUCUAUAAUAAAACAACAGCUACUCCAGGAAUGUUCGAUCAAGGAGCAGGAAAUCCAAGUGACGGUUCUUAGAGCUUUCAAUUUGCCUGACCGAAGCACAAGUAUGCUGACGGAAAAGGAUGACGAUGAGAAUGAACGGAUUGCGGGCUUCAAAUUGCGCCCAUUAAGGCCAUUUGUGAAACUGAGUUAUCAUGGUACUUCAGCUCAGACUGCACCUGGCAUCGGCUGCUAUCCCUCGUGGAACCAGACCAUCAAAAUAAGAACCAAAUUCACUCCCUUUUCAUCAAUCCACGUUAACGUAUACGACGAAUGUAGGGUGAAUAUGACUGGAACGGGGACGCAAGAGGACGUUGGAACCGUACACUACCGACGGUGCAGUCGAUGGCUUGGAACACUGCUAGUGCCACUUUUCACUGUGCUUGAUUUGGGAACACUUCGCGGUACAUUUAAAUUAACUACGCCACCUUUAAUAAUUGGCUAUGAGAAUCCAACAUCGAAGGAAGCAAAAACUCUCAUACCAGAAGUAAGGCGGUUAAUGAAAAAGGAUAUUUCUUUCCUCACGCUACAUAUCGCGACAAACCUUUCACAACUCGGCGGUGUUCAAGCAUACAGUCAACCAGUCCCGAAUACUUCGACAGACGACCGUGUCAUCAAGCAUUUGAAUAACUUUGUUACAAAAUAUUUGAAUGACUUCCCUUCUAGAAGUAUUUCCCUAACGUUUGUAGAUAGUUCUGGAAAAAAUAGAUGCGUGACGGAAUUCCUGCAGCCUAUACCUUUUCCAGAUUUAGUUUACUUUCCGAAGAAUCCAAAAAGUAGAUUAGGAUCAGCGCAAUCUAAAAUUUCCGGCCUAUCAAGAAGUUCGUCCUCAAAAAGUAGCGUGAAAACGAAAGACGAAACAAACUCAUUUGUGGAUGAAGAAGAGAGAGGUUCCAUGUACAGUGGCUAUUCGGCGAACUGGAGAAGUGAGGAAAAUCAGCUGAAGACGGUCAAUAUAUGUCUUAGAUACGUAUCCUUGAUACCAACAUAUGAAGUAACGGAAUCACAAGUGGUCACGUUGACAGCUCAGGAAUUGCUUAAAAUCCUGUACGGAUCACGGACAGACCACACGAUCUUGCUAGCCAGCUACUUUCUUCACUUGGGCAUCAAGUGCUGGAUAGUCACCGGCAUAGCUUUGCCGUAUGGUUUAAGCACUUACGCGUUGGUGAAAUACGAUUUAGUCACAAAUACAUAUGUAACUGUAGAUGACCAAAUAUAUAAAAGCCGGAAGUUUUUGAAGAAAAGCGAAGAUUUUUUGUGGCAUGUGUUUGAUGCGGUCGCUGGUGAACGGUACGAACUGAGAGAUGUCGCUUGUCCAUUGAAGAGCGUUUACUAUGUAUUUAAUGAGGAGAAUAUAUGGGUAAACAUACAAUCGUCACAAGAUUGCGAAAGCUUGUCCUUUGACUUCUCCAAGACGUCGGACUGGCAACCAGUGUUUAACACAGUGGGACCAGUUCCAAGGCCGCCGACAUUGUCAACCGAGAGCCUGUACAGUGCGCCUUGCGAAGUUGACAAACUGCAAGAAGCACUAGAAUCUAAAAUAACGAGUAAGGUUGAAAAAUGGCGAUCGCGGAUGAAGACUGUUUGGAACAGAUAUUGCUGUACUUUGCUGCGGGAAACAUUGCCACAAUGGGAAUAUUGGGCCUUCAACUCUACUGAAUUCAGACCAGAACCAGGCCAUAGACUCAAACAAUUGAUGGCUACAUAUAAGAUGUACGGCUUCCCCCUAAACAUGCACUAUGUGAGCGCAAAGUCGGUGCUGGCUAACGUCAAGGCCAGUGCCGUACACGCAAACGACGACCCAGACGUGGAGUUCGCGCUCGCUGUUCAAGUGUUCGCAUACCCUAAUAAUGUCGUUAGUGUGUGGGUUUUUUUAGCGAGUAUUACAAGUAUAUGA